AUGGAAUCCACUGCCAGUGGGGGACGCAAUUCACAGGCUGUCGGACAACGUCGAGUAUGGAAUGAAGAUGAGGAGCGUGCUUUGAUUCAAGGCUUGCGCGAUCUUGUUGCACGUGGCUGGAAAUGCGACAACGGAUUUCGCAAUGGUUACACCACCAUAUUAGAACAACACAUGCAACAGAUGUUCCCGGGAACAUCUAUAAGAGCCGAACCUCACAUCUCAUCCAAGAUCACUGUCUGGAAAAAAAAUUAUGGUUUGCUUUUGGGAAUGCUUGGUACUUCUGGCUUCGAAUGGAGUGAAACAGGGAACAUGCUUACUGUGAAGAAUGCUGACAUUUGGAAAGCCUACGUGAAGGUGAGAGUAGUGCAUCCGGCAAGUUUAAGCGUGAUGGAAAAAGAAAGCGUAAUGUUGAGGUGGAGGAUAAAAUAUUGGGUCUACUGUCAUCCGUUUGCCAAGAGACGAACAGCCGUCUUUCAGAACUUUCCACACGUGUCGGUCACGAAGUUGAUGCAAAGGCGCAACGAAUUGCCAAAAUCCGACAAUUUGUUCACCUUCGGGAAAUUGACAAGUCCUUGCAUCAGUCUCAUGGAUCGAAUGACGAGCCUGGAGAACAUUGCGCGCGGCUUCCGGUUGGAGGGGUGGACCGAGCUCGAGGAGAAGUUAUCGGACCUCAUGCAAAAGGAGUUCACGUGGAUGAAGGUACAGGAGAAAAUCCAUUGUCUUCAAGGGCAUUACCGUGAAUUCCUUCGCUUCUUGACCAUACCGGGAGUUCGAGUGCAUGACGAUGGCGGUUUGGUUAGCGUCAACAGAGAGUAUUGGAAUGUCGUCGGAGAGGAGUCCAAUAUGGAAGUGUUUUUUUGCUGGAAUGGCUUCAAAUGGUACAACCAUUGUGUGCAGCUGUGGAACAUACGCGGGGCAGCCGAAGUGAACGUCCAAGCUAACCCCGGUGCGAAUAAUGAGAAUCCGAUUUGUCUAGAUGAUACUAUCACAUACGUGGUCUUGUCGGAAGAUGAAAUGGAGGAUGAUCUUGAUGACUAUGAUGAGGUUGAUCAGCAUGUUGGAAGCCCAAUCCAUGAUCUGCCACUUCCUAUGGAUCCCCUGUUCAACGUUGACGGCAAUGAGGAUUUGAUGGAUGAGGAGUCUGAUGUGGACUCCUGCGUCGACUCCGUGUGA